GAUGCAGAGGAGGAGGAGGACGAGGAGUCUACAGCUUACAAGCUGUUCAAGACUAUCGGGCAGGCUGCCUCUGUGGAGAUGUACUUCACCAUCUUCGGCGUGCUGCUCAAAGUGAUCUUCUUGACUCAGCAUCCCAACUCAGAGCAAAUCCUUCUUCUCGAUGUUCAUCAUCAUCAGGCCGAAGAUGGGGCCGAAGAUGGACUGUCCUCUAGGCCGGAGGUUUCAGGGCUCCCGAACUCGAAGGCACAGAUGCCUUGCGUGUUGGCGCCGGGCAGCAGUCUUCAUCUGAUUGCCUGCCGUGGCCUGCAGGAUCAGGAAGAAGUUGUGCGGCAGAUCAGGGAAUGCAUUGGAAUACCACUGUCCGUUAUCUUCGUAGGCAUUGGGGUCUCCCAGGAUUUCAAGUUCCUCAGAGAGCUCGCGAAAGACAUCGGGCAGAUCUUGAAGCUGGAUGGCGAUGAAGGCCAUUCUAUGAGCGUCCAGACGGUUCAACGGAUCAAGAAGUCAAAGAAAUUAUGCUUGCUGGUCUGCAUGUUUGCUCAAGCUGAUGAAGGCUCGUCCCUUGCCGACUGGAUAAGCCAACCCAGCAGUGCCAGUUCGGGCAUGGAUCCUGGACAGCUGGAGACGGCGUCCCUUCGAUACAUCUCACUGCUUCCCCACUGUGUGCACAGUCUACUUCUUUGGUUCUUGCCAGAUGACACUUUGUGCAGACUCUGCGGCGCCUGCCGUUUCUGUUGCGAAGCCGCAAACCAGCAUCCAUCGUGGCAGCGUAGGCUGCUGCAGAAAUUCGGGGGCGAGUUCCUCGACCUUACCUACCAGCUCCCGAAGCAGUGGAAAGGGCUAUUCCUUCGGCUCACGAGGGCGUCCGACAGAUUAAACCAGCUGGGAGGAGGUGGGUCCGCCGCAGGAACAUGCGCACCUCGCCAAUGGCAAUGCCGCUUUCCGCUUUGCCCGCUUCGGCAAGACAUGGAAUUGCAGUGGUCGCUGGUGGUACCGAGCGAGUCACUGGAUGCGCUUGCUGUCUUGUGCUACGAUGGCGUAUCCUGCGCUUUACAUGACGUGACGAAUGAGAAGGUGAUGGUGCUUUGGCGAAACCGCAGCGAUGGAGUAGAACCCUUGCGUGCUGUGGUCGGGCAAAGCUGCAUCUUCCUCCUGGCGAGCGCUUCAAAGAUUGACGUGUAUUCAUUCGCGGGCGUGCACACUGGCGAGUUACCUCUUGCGCAAGAGCAAGAGAUUGACCUGCUUCACUGCGCCACGGACCUGUUUCUCGCCGAGAAGAGGCUAGUCAUAGAGACUUCCACAAUGCUGCUCGUGUGGGAUGUCGCUGGUGGCUCUCAAAUUUGCCGCGUUCCACCCGAUCAUCAUCCGGACAAAGAUGGAGAAGGGUUGCAAGGACGGCCCUGUGGCCGUGGCGUGGUUGCGACCUGGUUUGAAGAAGGAGGCCGGGAUGUCGAGUUCUGGGAUGUGCAAGCUGCACCAAGAUUGCUGACCUGCUGGGUUCCGGGCAUUCAGGAUUCGGAGUGCGUUUUGGUGACAUUCGCCACCUCGCCGUUGGAAAGGCUGCUGGUUGCCAUCGAUUCCGCCAACGUGUUGCACGUAGCCUUGAUGGUCGAGGAUUCCGAGGAGACCAAGCCGAUCGAUUUAUACUCCUGCCAGCUGUUUCCUGUUCAUGGAUCACGUGUUCUAUCGUGCUCUAUAGCCGUCAGGUGUGGCAUGCUGGCCUUCGUAGAAGCUGCAGACCUCGAAGCAAAGGAACGUGAACUUCAUGUAUGGCAGCUGGCUCAUCAUGGCGAACUCCUUUCCACACCUAUCCGCUUGACUUGUCCAUUCUGCACGCGUGGCCUUGCCACAGUUUCAGUGCCCAAGCCGAUGCUGGGCCAAUUUGUCCUCCUAAAAGGCUGUUCAGCCAUGGAGGAAUCUCCUCCAUUCGUCAGCGCCCAUCUCUUCAGCUUGGACUGCGGGCGACUGCGUAAAGUGUACACACAUGGAGAAAUUGCCUGCGAUUCUACCUUGUUCCGUCGCGGCCAUCCACUUUCCGACCUAUGCCUAGGGUUCUGGAACUUGGAGGAGGGGUGCAAGUCUCUGUCCCUUGUCGAUCUCGCGACUGGACACAGAAGGCAGAAAACCAAUGAGCUCGCGUUUGGGGAAGCUCAGCGCGAGCUUGCCCUCAGACAGCUUGUGCACUUCAUAGCCUUCAAAGAUCAUGCGGAUGAUCCCUCGAAUUUGUCAGCAGCGACACUGGCGCACCUUCCUCGUGAUGUUGUCCGGUACUACAUGGCCAAUGGUGUCAAGCCGCGGGGCCUGCAGCGCUUCGAGGACAAAGACGGCAACCCUCUGCCAAAGUACAUCCCCAAGGAGCCCAUCAACUCGCAAGCAGUUCCGGUGAAAGCGAUGCGAAUUCCGACUGGUUCGGCCAGUGGCUCACGCGACACUUCCAAAGCCAGUGGGAUCAUCACGUACCGGGACGAAUCUGCCUUCAGGCUCGAGAAUGCGGACGAGGAUGAAGAGCCAUGGCCUGAGGAGGAGGACUCGGACGAGGACAAGACCAAGAAUGAGAAGCAGGAUGAGCACAAGCUCCCGAUCUACCUCGAGGAAGCCCUGACCUGCUUGAUCAACAACGGCGUUGGAUUGGGAUACGAGAAGUUUCGCAUCGUCCGCGCGAUACGGGACGGCUUGCCAUCUUCAGACUUGGACGUCCUGGUCGACAACAUGCUGCACGGGGGCUACGGCCAUUCUCCCACAUACAAAGAUGCAGCUGCCGCCGCCUUGUCUGAUGUGGAGUUCUACAGCCUUCCUGGAAUGGCACAGCCGGGAUCACCCAAGGACCAACCCGGCGCUGCACUGGUGCAGAGCCGCAAGAGGAUUCGAAUAGGUUCCGACGAGGACGACGAGGACGUCGAUUACGGUGAGAGGUUGCGGGAGUUGGCUCAGCCUCCCAAGUCCUUGGACAGGAGGAUGCAAGGCCGCCUAGGCCUGCUUCCGCGAGAUCGGGUUCAGAUCAAAGAGCCUCAACCCCGUCGUGAAAGAACUGGGACCACCAGCUCCGUUGGCGGCUUUCGGGAUCCGUGGGAGACGGUGCGAGUUGAAGACGGCUCAGCUGCGAGAACUCUGCUGGAACUGUCGGCCUCUCGCAAUGAGAGCAAGGAUGUCGCUGACCGGGGCUACCCCAGCGUCGCUCGUGGUGCUACAAAGACGCUGGAAGAGGCUGCGGGCAUGCUGUCGAACCUUCAAAACGCCCCGCCGGACCUUUCGCUCGGACAGGCCGUCUCGUCGGCGGACGACUCACCGACUCUUCGUGCUGCAGGUGAUGUCGGCUCUGAAGCUAGUGAACCGGACAUGGAAUACGGGGAGAAGGCAGCCACCCCGGUUCUUGCAUGGAGAACUCUGGCGUUGGGUCAUCCUGGCGCUGCGAUGGCUGGUGAUGGCCAAGCAGAAGAUGCCUUCAUGUGCCGUAUGGACCAGCUGACCCAGAAAUUGAGCAAGUGGAAGACGACGCGUUCGGCAACACCGCUCAGGAAUGAUAGCUGCACGGCUUUGGCUCUGGACGAGCAGCGCGGGAGUUCCAGAAAGGACGCUUCUCCGAAACGGCACUUCAAGCCCUCGCCGAGCUCUCAGGUGCCGCCAAGCUCCGGGAGAUCCUGCGGGUCACAUUCUCCGAGCAAGCGUGGCUCCAUCAGCAUCCUCUCCACAUACGACCGAGUAAACAAGGCCGCCAACGCUGCAAGUGCCGUCCGGUGGCUGUCCAAAGCAUCCUCCAAGGGCGAAGAGGGCGGUGAGGCCAAGAAGGCCUCCGCCUCCGCCUCCGCCGCCUUCGAGCGCUUGCAGGGCAGGUCGCAGUCCGCCACCUUCCGGCCCAUCUUCACAGAAAGGGACGGACGGGAAGGAGCAGAGGGGGCAGAAGCGCUGCGGUCCCCGAAGCGCGGCCAAUCUCUUUCCCCUUCCGUCAGCCCUGCAUCAAGGCUAUCCCGUCGCUCCACGGUCGACAAGCAGUCAGAGAGCAACCCCUUCCAUAUCGAGAGAUGCGAGAACGCAGGAGACAGAGCCAGGCCUCUAUCGCAGAAUCCUCGAGACUGCCCGGAGCCAUCAGCAUUCAACACUCGCAUGGAAGCGCUGCAGCACAGGGACCGUCAUAAUCCCAUGCGCAGCGAGCAGCUAGAUUUCAAGAACAAGUACGAGACCUCACCAUUUCUGGCUGCAGUGGCCGACCCUGGCGGCGUUUCGCCAGAGCCAAGACAAUGGCAAACCCUGGCUCGAGCAUCUCCGGGAACAGCACAUUCGGACGAGACGUUGGCUAGCCGAGUAGGCCAAUUGGAGGAGUCCCUUGGGCGAAUCGAGAUGAUGCUGCAGCAAGUUCUUGAGAGUAUGGCCGGGGCAAACGCUCAAAGUGCUCCGCCCACCGCCAUGGAACAUGCAAGUGGCUGUGAGGCCACAGCGCGUGCUUGGACGGGGCAAGCUAGGCAGUCUUCGACGCUUCCCCGCAUGCCCUCGCGAACGCCUUCGAAGAUCCUUGCAGCCGACUCGGUGCCCACGCCGCAAGCGAAGCUCAACCGAAAGCAGUGUCUCCAGCCGGCAGUGGCAACGCCUGAUGCUGCAGCAGGGGCGUCGACUCUGAGGGAUGCAGGAGCCGAAGAGGCUUCGAUGGUGGAUGGUGAGGAUUCUCGCAAGGCCUCCCGGUCCAGCCCGGCCACUUCCUCAACUCGCAGCGGUUUCUUCAAGUGGCCUUUAGACAUUGCCGGAGUUCGUGAAGAGCUCGGUCUCCCGAAGAAGAGGCGUCAACAGGCAUUGCCACCUGCCACGCUUGGAGUCGUGGUAUUUUCCCUCGCAGAGUCCUGCACCGGAGUCGCUGAUAGCAGGCAUGACGGCCCCGACUUGAGGAGGUCCAAAGCAUUGACCGCCCCACCGGGUCCACGGAAGCUACACGCUUCAACGAGCCGCUGCGUCGUGGGUUUCACAUUUGCUGCAGCACCGCCUCGAGUGGUGAGGACCGCUCGUCCUCUGACAAGCUCAGCCAAUGCAGUCCGAAAAUGCUUGGCUUGUAGAUCCUGA